UUGCAACCAAAGGGAAAACAGAGUUAAAAAGAAGAAAAUAUUCAAGGGGUGAAGUGUAAAAAGUGAUAAAAGAUGACCAAAGUGGAGUUGUACAAGUCGCGUGUCUUUGUGACCAUCAUACAUUUGUGUGCUCUGGGUCAGUUCGCCUAUGGUCUCUACUACAGUAGCUUCGAGGUGCAACGGAGCUAUAAAUUAAAAACAAGCGUGAGUCGUCGUCUGGUGCCGGAAGCACUAUCCCAGAAAGUUCGAUUUUUGUCCUACUGGUCGCUGAUAAUACAAGCGCUGUAUUACGUGGUCUCUUUGGUCAAUGAUUUUGUCGGAACAAAUGAGCUAGCGCCUAAAAAUGCGCCAACUAUACGCAAAUUUAAGGAUUAUCUGAUGGCUACUUUAGCUUUUCCCGUGGCGCUUAAUGUCGGUGUCACUUUCUGGACCCUAUAUGCCAUUGAUCGCGAACUGGUCUUUCCUAAAGUGCUGGAUCCUGUAUUUCCAAGCUGGCUUAAUCAUGUCUUGCACACGAAUAUUAUGGUUUUUAUUGUGUUGGAGUUGUUCACCUCAUACCGGGCCUAUCCGAAGCGCAGCAAGGGCCUCACUGGCUUAGCCAUUUUUAUGGUCAGCUACCUGAUCUGGAUUCACAUUAUUAAACACUAUUCGGGCGUAUGGGUUUAUCCAGUGCUGGAGGUGCUGCAGCUGCCUCAACGCAUUGUAUUCUUUGUGGCCGUACUUGGCUUUACCUUUGCCCUCUACCUGCUCGGCGAGUUUCUGAACAACAUUGUGUGGGCCAAGGAAGUAAAGCUCGCCAAGCGCAAGUCAACCUAGGCUGUGUACAGGCUAUUGUCUGUGUGUGUAUAGUCAAUAAUGUCAAUAUGUGUGUGCGCUUGCGUGUAUUUGAUCAAUUUUGCAACUAUUAAAAGAGCAUGUUUUUUGCUUAUAUUUUACAUAAACUAUAUAAAUGCAAAUGUUUAUCAUAUA